AUGAGGGUGGAGGAUGAGGCGGUGUUGGACAGAGGUGCGUCCUUCGUCAAGCAUGUCUGUGACGAGGAGGAAGUGGAAGGUCACCACACUGUGUACAUCGGCGUACACGUGCCCAAGAGCUACCAGCGGAGGCGGCGCCACCGACGCAAGUCCAGCCACAAGGAGAGGAAAGAGAGGCCGGCGGAGAACGUAGAGGGGGACAAAACGGACGGAGAGAAUGCUGAUGAGGCAGCACCCAACAUCCUCAAACCUCUCAUCUCCGCAGCAGCAGAGAGGAUCAGGUUCAUCCUGGGUGAGGAGGAUGACGGCCCCCCGCCCCCUCAGCUCUUCACUGAGUUGGACGAACUGCUGGCCGUCGACGGACAGGAGAUGGAGUGGAAGGAGACAGCCAGGUGGAUAAAGUUUGAGGAGAAGGUGGAAAAGGGAGGAGAGCGUUGGAGUAAGCCCCACGUGGCCACCCUGUCCCUUCACAGUCUGUUUGAGCUGAAGAACUGUAUCGAGAAAGGCACCAUCCUGCUGGACCUGGAGGCCUCCACUCUACCACAGGUGGUCGAGUUGAUCACUGACAACCAGAUCGAGAUUGGUCAGCUGAAGGCCGAGCUGAAGGAUCAAGUCAUGUACACGUUGCUACGGAAACAUCGUCACCAGACCAAGAAGUCCAACCUGCGCUCUCUUGCCGACAUCGGCAAGACGGUGUCCAGUGCAAGCAGGCUGUUUUCCAACCAAGACCAGAACGGUAGCCCAGCCACGACCCAUCGGAACCUGACCUCUAACAGCCUCAACGACUUCUCUGACCAACCAGAUAGAGACCAGCUGAAGAAUAAGUUUAUGAAGAAGCUUCCUCGUGAUGCCGAGGCAUCUAACGUCCUGGUCGGAGAGGUGGACUUCCUGGAUUCGCCCUUCGUGGCGUUCGUCCGUCUGCAGCAGGCUGUCAUGUUGGGAGCUCUGACAGAGGUCCCCGUCCCUACCAGGUUUUUAUUCGUGCUGCUGGGGCCCAAAGGAAAAGCCAAUUCUUACCAUGAGAUCGGACGCGCUAUCGCCACCCUCAUGUCUGAUGAGGUGUUCCAUGACAUUGCCUACAAGGCCAAGGACAGACAGGACCUGCUUGCGGGCAUCGAGGAGUUCCUGGAUGAGGUCAUUGUCCUACCCCCUGGGGAGUGGGACCCCGACAUCAGGAUAGAACCCCCCAAGUCCCUGCCCUCGUCUGACAAGAGGAAGAACCAGUAUAAUGCUGGGGGCGGAGGGGAUGGGCCCCAGAUGAAUGGGGACACACCGGGACAUGACGGGGGUCAGGGAGGAGGGGGACAUGGACAUGUCGGAGAAGAGCUCAUGAACACUGGGAAGUUUUGCGGCGGCCUCAUUCUGGACAUCAAGCGGAAGCUGCCGUUUUUCGCCAGUGAUUUCUACGACGCCAUUCACAUCCAGUCGCUGUCCGCCAUCUUGUUCAUCUACCUGGGCACCGUAACCAAUGCAAUCACCUUCGGAGGGUUGCUAGGAGACGCUACGGAAAACAUGCAGGGUGUGUUGGAAAGUUUCCUGGGCACGGCAGUGACAGGGGCCAUAUUCUGUCUGCUGGCUGGCCAGCCUCUCACCAUCCUCAGCAGCACCGGUCCUGUACUGGUGUUUGAAAGGCUCCUCUUCAACUUCAGCAAAGACAAUGACUUUGACUACCUGGAAUUCCGGCUGUGGAUCGGCCUGUGGUCAGCUUUCUUUUGCCUGGUGCUGGUUGCCACAGACGCCAGCUUCCUGGUCCAGUACUUCACGCGCUUCACGGAGGAGGGCUUUUCAUCCCUCAUCUCCUUCAUCUUCAUCUACGAUGCCUUCAAGAAGAUGCUGAAGCUGGCCCACUACAACCCCAUCAACGCUAACUACGACCCUAACUACGUCACAACGUACGACUGCCGCUGCAUGCCCCUACCGGACGACGGAAAUAUGACAGGUCUCUAUAGCGAUGUCUCUUCCUGGAUAAAUGAUACUGAUCUGCCGGUAAACGCCACGUGGGCGUCCCUCGACAAGGAACAGUGUGUGACGUAUGGUGGUGAGCUGAUUGGUCCAGCCUGCGGAUUCGUCCCCGAUGUCACUCUGAUGUCAUUCAUCCUUUUCCUGGGGACCUACACCUGCUCCAUGUGUCUCAAGAAGUUCAAGUUCAGCCGCUUCUUCCCCACCACCGUGAGGAAACUGAUCAGUGAUUUUGCCAUCAUCCUGGCUAUUGUCAUCUUCUGUGGUGUGGAUGCCUUGGUCGGAGUGGACACACCCAAGCUCAUCGUGCCAACUGAAUUCAAGCCCACCAGCCCCAACCGUGGCUGGUUCGUGCCCCCGUUCGGAGGGAACCCGUGGUGGGUGUAUCUGGCUGCAGCCCUCCCUGCUCUCCUGGUCACCAUCCUGGUGUUCAUGGACCAGCAGAUCACCGCUGUCAUCGUCAACAGAAAGGAGCACAAACUCAAGAAAGGGGCAGGCUACCACUUGGACCUGUUCUGGGUAGCAGUACUACUCAUUGUGUGUUCCUUCACGGGCCUGCCCUGGUACGUGGCUGCCACUGUCAUCUCCAUCGCCCACAUCGACUCUCUGAAGAUGGAGACCCAGUGCUCGGCUCCUGGGGAGCAGCCCAAGUUCCUGGGUGUCAGGGAGCAGAGGGUGACCGGUGUCAUUGUCUUCGUUCUGACUGGACUGUCUGUCUUCAUGGCUCCCAUCCUCAAGUUCAUCCCUAUGCCUGUGCUCUAUGGCGUGUUCCUCUACAUGGGCGUGGCAUCUCUCAACGGUGUCCAGUUCAUGGAUCGCCUGCAGCUUCUCCUGAUGCCUGCCAAGCACCAGCCUGACCUGAUCUACCUGCGCCACGUUCCCCAGCGUCGCAUCCACCUGUUUACCUUCAUACAGGCCCUCUGUCUCGCCCUCCUCUGGGUCCUUAAGUCCACCGUCGCUGCCAUCAUCUUCCCCGUCAUGAUCUUGGCCCUGGUGGCGGUCAGAAGGGCCAUGGACUACAUCUUCUCCCAGCACGACCUCAGCUACCUGGACGACGUCAUCCCGGAGAAAGACAAGAAGAAGAAGGAGGACGAGAAGAGGAAGAAGAAGCAGAAGAAAGGAAGCAUCGACAGUGAAAUCGAUUUUCCCUCUGAGUACCCCUACAAUGACAAUAUCCCUGGUAUUAAAAUCUCCAUGGAUAUAAUGGAGACGGAGCCUAUGUUGGGGAAUAAGGAUAAGACCUCAGACAGACCCCCGUCGUCUUUCCUUGACCCACAUUCAGCAUGCUGA